AUGCAGCCACUCCACUUUUCAUACAAGAGGAACCGAAACAGAUUUCACAUACCUUCCAUUGGCCUUACCCUUGUGCUGCUCAUCCCCUUGGCGCCUUGCACCAGUUCGUCCUGCAUGGAGCUGGAGAGGUCAUCCCUCCUCCAGUUCCUCUCAGAGCUCUCGCAGGAUGCCGGUCUCACCAAGCUUUGGCAAGGUACUGAGUGCUGCAAAUGGGAAGGAAUCACCUGCAACCAAAAUGGGACAGUCAGUGCUGUCUCGCUGCCUUACAGGGGCCUUGAGGGGCAUAUCUCGCAGUCCCUUGGGAACCUCACCGACCUGCAGUACCUAAACUUGUCCUACAACUCACUGUCCGGUGGCCUUCCGCUCGGAUUGGUGUCAUCCAGCAGCAUCAUCGUCCUCGACGUCAGCUUCAACCAGCUCAGUGGAGACCUGAUUGAGCUGCCAGCUUCAACCCCGGGCCAGCCUCUACAGGUACUUAACAUCUCGAGCAACUUGUUUAAAGGGCAGUUUACAUCCACAACAUGGAAGGGGAUGCAGAAUCUGAUUGCACUGAAUGCCAGCAAUAACAGCUUAACUGGGCAGAUUCCAAGUCAUUUCUGUAACAUAGCACCAUCCUUUGCUGUGCUUGAACUCAGUUACAACAAAUUCAGUGGCAGUAUCCCCCCAGGGCUUGGUAAUUGCUCCAUGCUCAGAGUACUCAAGGCUGGCCACAACAACCUCAAUGGGACUCUCCCCCAUGAACUUUUCAAUGCUACCUCGUUGGAAUAUCUCUCUUUUUCCAGCAACUGUUUACAUGGAAUACUUGAUGUUACACAUAUAGCCAAACUCUCCAAUCUGGUUAUCCUUGAUCUUGGAGAAAACAAUUUCAGCGGCAAGAUACCUGAUUCCAUAGGUCAACUCAAGAGAUUGCAGGAACUUCGUCUGGACUAUAAUAGCAUGUAUGGGGAGCUGCCAUCAACCCUGAGCAACUGCACAGAUCUCAUAACUAUAGACCUUAAGAGCAACAGUUUCAGUGGUGAACUCUCCAAGGUUAAUUUCAACAAUAUGCCCAAUCUACGAACCAUAGAUCUUAUGCUGAAUAACUUCAGUGGCACAAUUCCAGAAAGCAUAUACUCCUGUAGAAACCUGACUGCACUACGGCUAUCUUCGAAUAAGUUCCAUGGACAAUUAUCAGAAGGACUAGGCAAUCUGAAGUCCCUCUCGUUCCUGUCGCUUACAAACAACAGUCUUUCAAAUAUAGCAAAUUCACUUCAGAUACUAAGGAGCUCCAAGAACCUGACCACACUUCUUUUUGGGAUCAAUUUCUUCAACGAAACCAUACCAGAUGAUGCCGAAAUUUAUGGUUUUGAGAAUCUUCAGGUUUUGGACAUCGGAAGUUGCCUCCUAUCGGGGGAAAUACCUCUUUGGAUAUCAAAGUUAGUAAAUUUGGAAAUGUUGUUUUUAAAUGGCAAUCAACUCAGUGGACCUAUACCAACCUGGAUCGACACACUGGACUACCUUUUCUAUUUAGACAUAUCAAACAACAACCUCACAGGGGAAAUUCCGAAAGAAUUAAUGAAUAUGGCAAUGCUAACUUCAGAGAAGACUGCAGCUCAUUUGGACGCAAGCGUUUUUUAUCUGCCAGUUUAUGAUGGUCUGAUUCCCCCAGAGAUUGGUCAGUUGAAAGCCCUCCUUUCACUUGAUAUCAGAUCCAACAACUUAACUGGACCGAUCCCCCCAUCUAUCUGCAAUCUCACAAACCUGCUGGUGCUAGAUUUAUCCAACAAUAAUCUCACAGGUAAAAUCCCAGUUGCAUUGGAGAAUCUGCACUUCCUUUCUACAUUCAACAUUUCUAACAAUGACCUAGAAGGGCCUAUUCCAACUGGUGGCCAAUUUAGCACAUUUCAGAAUUCCAGCCUUUUGGGGAAUCCGAAGUUGUGUGGCUCUAUGCUCGGUCAUCGAUGCGAUUCAGCUGAUGAGCCUCUGGUAUCCACAAACGGAAGAAAUAAGAAGGCCAUUGUUGCAAUUGCACUUGGCGUGUUCUUUUCAGCAAUUGCCAUUCUUUUGCUGCUGUGGCGUGUCCUUGUCUCAAUCAAGGCUAAUAAUCUAACAGCCCAAAGUAGAAGGGAGGAUAAUGGAGAUUUUGAAACAUUUUCAUUCAACUCCAGCUCAGAGCACGAACUGAUCAUGAUGACACGAGGAAAGGGAGAAGAAAGAAAGCUCACAUUCUCUGACAUUGUAAAAGCUACAGAUAACUUCAACAAAGAAAACAUCAUUGGGUGUGGUGGCUAUGGUCUAGUCUACAAGGCUGAGCUACCUGAUGGCUGCAAGCUCGCCAUCAAGAAGCUCAAUGGUGAAAUGUGCUUGAUGGAAAGGGAGUUCACUGCAGAGGUUGAAGCACUGUCCAUGGCUAAGCAUGACCAUCUUGUGCCACUGUGGGGAUACUGCAUCCAGGGAAACUCAAGGUUCCUCAUAUACUCCUACAUGGAGAAUGGCAGCCUGGACGAUUGGCUUCACAACAGGGAUGACGAUGCCAGCACAUUUCUUGACUGGCCAACAAGGCUCAGGAUUGCGCAAGGAGCAAGCCGUGGCCUUUCUUAUAUCCAUAAUGACUGCAAACCUCACAUUGUGCACCGUGACAUCAAAUGCAGCAACAUCCUACUCGACAAAGAAUUAAAAGCUUAUGUUGCAGAUUUUGGACUGUCAAGGUUGAUCCUUUCGAACAAAACCGAUGUCACGACAGAGUUAGUUGGCACUCUAGGUUACAUCCCCCCUGAGUAUGCGCAUGGAUGGGUGGCCACUCUGAGAGGUGAUAUAUACAGCUUCGGAGUUGUCCUUCUUGAGCUGCUCACAGGGUUGCGACCUGUUCCAGUCCAGACAACAUCAAAGAACUUGUCCCAUGGGUGCUGGAGAUGA